AUGGCGGAUAAUAACGUCGAAGCAUCGACCAGCCUCGCCGUAACGGCGGCCGCAACCGAAACACCCGAAACGGUAGAACCUGUGGCCAGUACGUCCGGUGUGGACAGCCAAACUGGCGUGCGGGCCACCACCCAGACGGUGUCGAAAGAGUUUUUCUCCCUGCUCUGGGGCAGCAAAAUUAAGCCCGAGGUGUUCCGGCGGUGGUUGCAAGGGUUCUCCUUCAGCGAGCACGAACCGUCCGCGUUGGUGCAACGAAAUGGUGGACCGUGUUGUGUAAUCGCCCCGGUGCAGGCGCACCUGCUGAAGAUCCUGCUGGAGGAAUCACCGGAAAAAAGCCUCAACGACCUUUCUAAGGACAUGUGCAACACGCUGCUCAUACAGGCCGUUUGCCACAUACUGACGAAGUGCAAAACGGACGUCUACCGCAUAGUGACGCUUGAGGACACCGGCAAACAGGGACAACCGUCGGGCACGGGCGGUAAAGCCAUCGGGGCAACGCCAGCGGUACCGCCGACACCGGAACCGAGCACAUCCGCCGGGCUGGAUGUACCGGAUGCGGCCAUGACGGCACCGGCCACCUGUCUCGCGACCGACUGGACGUCGAGCGAGUUCCACGAGCAGAUACGGUUUCGCGUGUUCGAGCACAUCAGUGAGGUGCAGCAGUUCUACAUGGACAACUUCCACUUGCUGUCGGAUGAGUGCGGUGUGCUGUUGCUACUGUAUACCGUGCUGCAAACGAAGGGCCUGCAGCACAUCCUGGCGGAAAUGUCGGACCCGACCGAGUCGCUCAUACAUGACACGUACGGUUGCGGCAGUCAGGCGUUGAUUAACCUGAUGCUGACUGGGCGCGCGGUACCGCACGUUUGGGACAACGAGCAGGACGUUGGUGGGAUGAAGCUAAAAGGCAUCAACAAGCAGUCCGACAUCGGCUUCAUCACCGUGAUGGAACAGCUGCAGUACUGCACCGUCGGUUUCUUCUACAAAAAUCCAAAGAAUCCGGUCUGGGUGAUGGGCUCCGACACGCACCUUACGGUGCUGUUCAGCGCCGAGAAGCGCCUGGUAUCACCGGAAACACCCAGCGAGGUCGCCCGGCGUGUCUUCCGCCAGUUCGAUCCGGACGGUAGCAACUUCAUUCCCGGCCCGGUGCUGCAGGACGUCCUGUGUGCGCUCGAUCUCGUCAGCGAGCCGGAAUACGUCGACCUGAUGCGGAGCAGACUCGAUCCGGAGAAUCUCGGUAUUAUCUUGUUGAACGCGUUCAUGAGCGAAUUCUUCCCGAGCGAGCAAAAGUCGACACCGGACACGUUCGAUCUGGUGCAUUAUAAUGGCAUCCCGAACUCGAACCAUGGUAAUCGGGUCCGGUAUCAUCGUGGCCAUGCGGUUCUGCUCGAAAGCGACGUGCGUAUGGUCAACUCGUCCGAUGCGAUGCUCACCUGCCUGCAAACCAAGUGGCCCACCAUCGAGGUGAACUGGGCCGGUAACCGUACGCCCUCGUUGAACUGACUUGUGCCCGUUGUGACCCCAUCCCAUCCUUCUCUCCGUUCCCCUGCGGGCGACUAUUGACACUCCCUUUUUUCCGGAGGGCUUUCCUUGGGGUUUACUGACUAACCCAGCGACCCGGCGGGCGGCGGGGGGAGAGGCAUACCGGUGGAUCCAGAACAUCCGGCCGCGGGACUAUGGUUUUCUGGUGGUCUUUUUAUUUCAAUUCAUACCCGUUUCGAGCAUGUUUUGGGGUUUGGGACACAUGGGGCCCUUUUUGUCAUUACAAUUAUUAAUUAUUAAUUUAUUGCCUAUUGUACGCCACCAUCACCCUUCCUCCCUCCCUUGCGGAGGUAUCACACCUAUCGGCACACAUACACAUACACACUAACAGCUUAAUCGCCCCGUAUGUACACGUGCGCAGAUAUGAAUAUCCGCAUCAGUAGGGUUUUACUUUAACUUUUAUUGAACGAUAAAACGACUAACCCUGCAGCAACACACGUGCAAGCGAAUGUGGUUCUGCACUUUUCCUCUCCCUCCCUCCCUCCGUCUCACCCACCAAUUUCUCCGGCGAGUAGGCGCCCAAUCAAAAGAGGAAUGAAAAAAAAAACACCGGCGAAAACGACACAAAAUCAAGCGUACCGUCAAGCGGACGGCCAUCAAAACCGUUAGCCUUUUUGUGAGAACCCGAUCUUCUAAAGCCUGUUGAAAAUA